AUGCUACAUAAAACUAGUGAGACUAGUACAACAAUAGUACGAAAUUUUAAAAGAUCUAUUUCACCUGAUUAUACAUUAAGUAUUGAACGGAAAUCUAAAACAACAAAAUUUGAAGUAAGAAUUUGUUUUAUUUAAAUUCUAUUCGACUCAUUUUCUACAUCAGUUGCUUUCAAUCAUAUUAAAAUAGAAUAUCAAAUUAAAUCCUUUUUAUCAGAAGAAUCUACAGAAUCUUUCUCUCUCCCUUCUCGUUAGUCUAAAGCCACCUGUUGUGCAUAUGUGUUAACAGUCAAUUACUAAUGUCUAUUUAAUAUGCAUAAAAUUCACGAGACCAUAUCAAAUUCUUUCUUGAUAAACAACUGACGGUAUUUCUUCAAAAUAUAUCUCAUCCUAUAUAAAUGAUCGAUUUUUUCAUUACAAAGAAAAAGAAAUCAUGCUGCUGAAAGUGUUGCACAAUCUACACAAGACCUAAUUUUUCAUAAAUAUAAUAUGACUUCAAAAAAGGUCU